GACGCCGCGUCCCUAUGCCCAGGAAAAUGCGUAUAUACAGCUAGACUGAGUUGAAGAUAGCACGCAGUCUCUGUGCUGGCAUAUUUCCGUGUGUUAUUCUGCACAGGCAGUUUUGCUAUGGUAGUGCUUUGUACCCAAGGAGCAUGUGAGAAGAUAGUACUUUUUCUCAAGGAAGAAAGAUACCUUGGUUAAUUAGUUUAUUGCAGUUUGACUGGUAUUGUUAUCAGAAGAUGCAAUUGCUUAACAUCAUUACGACUUUUUAAUCUACAAUAUAAGAAGUGACUGUGAACAAUUUGAUCAAGUAAUGAACAGUUUACGUGUUGCAUACAACAAUAACAUACCCACUUGGACCGCUGACGUAAGCCUGGCCUCGUUUUCGUCCUUGGCGGUCACAGUGUGCACUCUCCAAUCUGAUGACGAUAAAAGGCUCGAAGGACAAGACACGAGGGAAAACUGUGAGUCGUAAAAUUAUAUAUCAACGAUUUUCGCUGCCAUGAUGAAGGAUCUGCAGCAAGAGGAGCCCCAGCUGCCGCUCCUCGCCCUCCAGUGGAACAGACAUCGAGAACUUUUUGAUGCCAGAGUGUUGCAUUUCCUCCUGUGGACAAUGAACGAGAAGGAGUCACAUGAGAAUGAGACAGAAGAAACAGGUAAUGGUGAAAGACAGCCUCAGACAGAGCAGCAGCAGCAAGAGCUACAACACCUACAACAGCAACAGCAACUACAGCAGCCACUGCAACAGUUACAAGCACAGCAUCAACACCAACAGCUGGAGCAAGAGGAAAGAACAGCUUUGUUGGAGGAUGGAAGACUACAAGAGGACACACAGCUACAAGAGGUGUUACCGAUCCACAAUUCAAGUGAUGUGGGCCCUGAAGGCCCCAAGGAACCUGGAGGGCCCAUCAGGAAACCAGGGUUUAGAAGUAAGUCUGGCAUUGGCCCUCCCCCUCGUCCAUUUAAGAAAGCUAGGUAUGCCUGGGAGAUCAAGAACUAUGAGCAUACUUUAAAUAAUAUGACUCAGAACCUAGGUGAAUGUUCAACAGAUCUACAAGAUGAUAGUCAAGAUUCCCAUUCUAGUGAUGUGAAUAGUGAAGGUAGUCAGGAAGAUGGUGUAAUAGACCCCCGGGAGGCUUUACCUACUGUCGGCCUUGACAGGGCAACAUUUCUAGACCCAAGAGCAAGGCAGUUACCUGGCCCUUUAACCCCCAUUAUGCCAGCACCCUAUCCUACAACAUAUGGCAUGAUGGCAGCUCCUCCUCCCCCCGAUGCGAGCUUACGGCCCGGAGACUGCUUAAAGGAUAAUCAGCGUGUUCCACCUGACCCUGAUGCAGGUAUCUUAAGGUGGCACACCAGACAGUUGUGUCGAAGCAUAUUUGAUAAUACAGUUAAUCGAAUGCUGGAGAAUAUGGGUUUCUCGCCAGUAACGGAAAGAAGCCAAGGUAUACACCCUUUAUUAGUAUUAAGCCUAAGUGAUGAUGAUGAGCGAGAAGCAGAGGAAGCACAGCAACGUGCAUUAGAAAAUGAAGCCCUUACGGCAGCAAUGCACCAGAAAGGGCUCUUUCUACCACCGUAUCACUAUGAUCCCUUAGAAAGUGGCACAACUACAGACUAUGACUCCUCAGAUGAUGACAGUGAUCUUGGGGAGGAUCCUGGGCCAGAUGAUCUACCAAAUGAAACCCACUUGCAAAUGUCACAUAUGAUCAGUAGACCCUUGCCUCGUGUACCAGCCAUGUCGGCCAUGACAACUAUGACUGGCAUGCCAGCCACCCCCAUCAUACCAACUGCACAAAUGGCUCCUCCCAGUACACAACCCUCAUCCCCCCACCCAAUUCCGCCCCACCGGCCACAAGAGCCUGACUGUGAUUUAGACAAGCACGCCUGUGAUGCAGCUGUACCUAGGAAAGAUAAGAGCAGUGGGGAAGAAGAAGCGGUCAUAGAUAACAACAAAAACUCUGUAGGGGACCACAGCAGCUGCCCUGAAGUGGAUAGUGAGAGCAGAGGUGAUGCAGUUAGAAGGCAAGCAGACACUCCUAGCAAAGCGGAAAAUGAGAACAACAACGAUAAAUAUUUUGUAGACCAAGCCAUUGAAAUGGCAAUCAAGCAACAAGGCUUGGGUUACCAACAGGCGUGAUGUCCCUGUAGAAUAGCUAGGUCAACAAUUUGCAUUGUUCUGUGCUUUUUUUCUGCCAUCCCUUCCUGUGAGUGUUGAAUGUGUGAGGUUAGACUAGUUUCUUGCUGGACAUUGAGAAAAGAAAAUGUUAUUUCUAGAUAUGUUAACUGUCAACUGUCAUAAUAUAAUGCUUUUUACAAACUGACUUCGGGAAAUUCUUUGCAGAUGAAGUCAGGGCAUCCAGUGACUUCAUGCUAUACUUGUAUUUCCUAGUCUUUUCAAAGUCAUAAAUUAUGUUUAAUUUGUUUCAAGAGUUUGAUACUCAUAACCUUAGGAUUUACAUAUAGGUUCUGAUGUGACGUAUUGUUUAUAUUUUAGUUUUGUUUAUUGGUUUCCAUAAGCAAAACUCAGUAAAAUAUAUCAGAGUUGAUAUGAUCAAGAAGUUGGUUGAAAGCUUUAAUACACUGAAAGUUAUGUAGGGUUAAAGCAAGAAUUCUUUUCUGUGCAAAUGCUUUAUUUCUUUUUUAUAGUUUUGAUACUCUUUCCAAGGUCAAUAACAAAAUUUCUUGGCAUCUGAUUUGCUUCAACCUCACAUAAUAUACUGUGAACAGUAUAUGAAAUAUGGUUAUUAUGCGCAUUAUUCCAAUUCAGUUCCUCAUUAACAUAUAAAUCAAACAUGCUUAUGUAUAUGAAUAACAUUAUGGACAACUUUGUGUUUUAAUUAAUUCAGUCUGUUGGACUACAGUAGACAAAGGUUAACUACAAGACUAUUUGGAGCUUUGCCAAUCUCAAUUAUUUUAUAUUUUAUAAUGAUAAUUAAAGCAUUUAUUAGAGUUUAUGCCAGGAAGGAAAUGAAUAUAGUGAAUACUUUAUUAUUAUUAUUAUUAUUAUUUUGUAGAUUUAACUAUUUCUCUUUUAAUGUUCAUAGAAAGAAAAAGGCCUUUUAAAAAGGAGUUUUACUGGUAAUCUUUACAGGAUCAGACUAUCAGGAAACCAUAAGUGAGAGAUCAGGUCAUGUUUGCAUGCCAGGUCACACUAGAAAAAAAAAAUGGCUAAAUCCUACGACAGCCUGGCCAGUAGGUCAGGCUGGUGCAUGAUUGAAGGCAUUUGUCAAAGACCAUUCAAGCUGAAAAUAAAGAAACAGUUAAAAAAAAUCAAUCUCCUUUUGGUAAUUUGUGGUUUGAUACACAAACCCUUCAUGCUAAAAGUUGAAAAAAAGUUUUCACAAAUGUUUUUCAAAAGUUCCUGAAAUUGGUAAGAGGAAGCUGAUAGUGCUAACAAAACAAAAAGGAAAAUGUGCAAAAAUAUUGAUAUAAUAAUGAUGUUAGUCAAAAGUGAAGAAACAGAUAUUUUUUCUGGCAGCAGACUCAUAUCUUCAAUUUGAAGGGUGAAAGAGAGGAAAUGGAGAAGAAGUGAAGAGGAUGGACAGAGUGAGUGCUAAGAGUGUAGUGUUUGUCCAUUUCCAUAAGUCACCAGAGGGAUAUUUGCAUCCUUGAAGCAGUCCCCUGAUUCUUGUGCCAUUAUGUACACAGAAAUUGUGUACACAAAAAAAUCAAAUACACUCAGACUCACAUGUCGUCGUUACAAACACAUGCUUACAUACACGCACACACACACGCGCACACACACACACACGCACACACACACACACACACAUACACACAUACAC